UGGGUUUACCGGUCCCUUCUUAAUACAGGAAUUGAAGGUUUUGUGGAUGUGGAGACCGGUCUGUUGGUGACGCUGUCAGUCGGUGUCUUCCGCAAGUAGGUUUUUACGAUUUUCCGUCAUGAAGAUUUCAAGGUCAUGCAUUUUGUUUUCAACGGUCUCUAUUACGUUGUUCCUUGCCUAUGUCUGGUGGUAUCCUAGUGCCCAGCUAACACUUGACGGUCCUGGAUCAGCUGCCAUGAGUGGAAAAGAAAUGGAGGAAAUAAGCAACAAAGAUGAAGCAUCUUAUGGCAUAAUGUUUGAUGCCGGGAGCACAGGGACUCGCAUCCAUAUAUAUAAGUUUACUCGGGGCUCCACUGAUAUUCCUCAACUGGAACAUGAAACCUUUAAGGCCUUAAAGCCUGGACUGUCGGCAUAUGCAGACGAACCAGAUAAGAGCGCUGCAGGGAUAAAUGAACUUCUCGAUAUUGCUAAGAAAGAAAUACCCGAGUUCUUGCACAGAUCCACUCCACUGGUCCUCAAAGCCACGGCUGGGUUACGUCUCUUACCAGGCGAGAAAGCACAGAAGCUCCUGGAUAAGGUGACUGAAGUUUUUCAGGCGUCCCCCUUCCUUAUAGGAAAGGACAGUGUUUCUAUAAUGAAUGGAACUGAUGAAGGAAUAUUUGCAUGGAUCACAGUAAACUUCUUAACGGGCAGUUUAACAAAUCCUAACCGAAAACUCGCUGGAAUGCUGGAUCUCGGAGGUGGAUCAACUCAAAUUACCUUUUAUCCUUACAUUAAGGAAACAUUCCCUAAUUCACCUGCUGGAUACAUCACCACCUUCCAGCUGUUCAACACCACCUACACCCUGUAUUCACAUAGUUAUCUAGGUCUUGGAUUAAUGUCAGCAAGGCUGGCAAUCAUGGGCGGUGAAGAAGGGAAGGCUUUGAAACAAGGAGAAGGCUUGGUCACUCCCUGCUUAACACCUAGAUUUGUCACAGAGUUUAAUCAAGCAGGAAUUACUUACCACAUACGAGGACAAGACACCGAAUCCUCUAUGUAUGAAGCAUGUUCUGUAAGCGUAUCAAAAAUACUCAAAGGAAAAGUUCACGCAGCCGCAGAAGUUUCAGACCUUUUCUUUUAUGCGUUUUCAUAUUAUUACGAUCGGGCUGUGGACACUCUCCUAAUAGAUCCAGAGCUUGGAGGUUCUCUGAAGGUGAAGGAUUUUGAAGUUACAGCCAGGAGAGAGUGCAAAAAUAUGGAAAAGACAGCAGGUGAAAAUCCAUUUCUUUGUAUGGAUCUGACGUAUAUAACCUCCCUUCUGCAAGAACUGGGUUUCCCAAAGGAGAAGGAACUGAAGCUUGCCAAUAAAAUAAACCACGUUGAGACCAGCUGGGCUUUGGGAGCAACAUUUUACUAUAUGAACAUACUAAAAAACUGAAUCCAACUUAAACAGAACUGCGAGCGGUAAAAAUGUGAAUCAAAGUUUGCUAAAUUGAAUCCAUUCCAUUCUGUUGAAACCUGCUAUCCUGGUAUACAGGUGCGCGGUAAACUUGUGUUUACACAGUGAUCGGGCACAAUUUGCGAGGCGGAGGAUUUGGGAUGAUUCUUUCGUUUUUAAUUGAAUGUUUAUUUUUUUUCUAGUAACAAAGUACUGUGAUUAUUUAAUAUUUUUUAUUACCUCUUCGGAACUUCAGUGUCUUGUUUUAUACGACAAUAUGGCCACGUUUUUCAUAGAUUAUAUUUAUUUUUUGUGUCCUAAAUGUGUCUUAAUUCUUUGUUCCUUACUGUCUGCUCUCACUCAUUUAUUUUAACUGAUUUCCUCUAUGUUCCUUCCUUGCAUAUUAUUGACAUUUAAUUAGAUUUUGGUAAUAAAACAUUGCAUUUA